GAAAAUGCCGGAAUUCCGGUGGAUCUUUUUGCAUGGCACAGCGCCGAUCUUAGGUUGACCAUCAGGGAACCCAGUUUGUGAACGAGCCUGGUCUUUCCUUUCCCUUCUUAGAAUUACUUGGUUCUAGGAGGGAAGGAAAGAGAGGUUUCGUGGUCGUAGUUGGGGGGAUGAGUUCGUGAGCAGAGUUCUCUGAACAUGAGUGCCGUUUCUGGCGUUUUAUCGCGGCAAGUAUUACCAGCCUGCGGUAGCAUUUGUUUCUUUUGCCCUGGUUUGAGGACAAGGUCCAGGCAGCCUAUCAAGAGGUACAAGAAGCUCAUUCGUGACAUUUUCCCCAAGAAUCAGGAAGAAGGCCCAAAUGAUAGGAAGAUUGCUAAGCUUUGUGAAUAUGCGGCUAAAAAUCCUUUGCGUAUCCCCAAGAUUGCAACCUCUCUUGAGCAAAGGUGUUACAAGGAGCUGAGAUAUGAGAACUUUCAGUCUGUGAAGAUUGUGAUGUGCAUUUAUCGGAAAUUGUUGAUCACUUGCAGUGAACAAAUGCCUUUGUUUGCUAGUAGUUUAAUGAGCAUUAUUCAUACCUUGCUUGAUCAGACAAGGAGACAAGAUUUGCAACUUUCUGGAUGCGAGAGUCUUUUCGACUUUGUAAAUAAUCAGAAGGAUGGAACUUACGCAUUUAAUUUAGAAGGCUUGAUACCUCAACUCUGUCAGUUAGCUCAAGAAGUAGGAGAAGAUGAAAGAGGAAUUUGUCUACGGGCAGCUAGUCUGCAGGCUCUUUCUUCGGUGGUCUGGUUUAUGGGCGAACAUUCACGUAUUUCAACAGAAUUUGAUAAUAUCGUUUCAGUUGUUUUAGAAAAUUAUGGAAAGCCAGAGGAUGUUCCUGAGAAGCAAGGUAACCAGAAUCAAUGGGAGCAAGAAGUGGCUAAAAAUGAGAACCCAGGGCCUACUUCAUCUGAGAUGCUUACCAGGGUUCCAUCGUGGGGGACAAUUGUUAAAGAAAAAGGAGAAUUGAACGUGACGGAAGAAGAUGCCCGGAACCCCUGCUUUUGGGCUAGGAUUUGCUUGCAGAACAUGGCCAAGCUAGGGCAGGAGGCUACAAACAUACGGCGAAUUUUGGAAUCUUUGUUCCGAUAUUUUGACAGUAGCGACCAAUGGUCCGUUGAUCAUGGUCUUGCCUUUCAAGUAUUGAUUUACAUGCAAAUUCUGAUGGAAAAGUCAGGUACACCAGCUGUUGCUUUUAAUUUUUUAAAUUGAUUACUGGGACCCUAUUCAUGGUUUCCAUUUUGCUUUUCUCAUGGCUUCCACUAUAUGGACUCUGAACUCUGUUUUUUUCCCCCUUCUUUUUCUUUCCAAUUCUCUUUGGGACGUUAGGGUAUAAUUCACAUGUUCUACUGUCCAUGUUGAUUAAGCACCUGGAUCACAAAAGUAUCCUGAAAGAUCCGAACAUGCAGCUAGACGUAUUGAACGUCACCACCUCGCUAGCACAGCAAGCAAAGAUUGAGCCUUCGAUAGAAAUUAUUGGUGCAGUUAGUGAUGUCAUAAGGCAUUUGAGGAAGAGCUUACAUUGUUCUGUUGAUGAUGCAAACCUUGGGGCUGAAGUUAGAAGUUGGAACAAAAACUUGAGAGAGGCAGUGGAUAAAUGCCUCGUGGAAUUGUCAAAUAAGGUUGGAGAUGCAGCUCCGAUUCUUGAAAUGAUGGCUGUGGUCCUGGAGAAUCUUUCAGCUGUUACAAUUAUUGCAAGGACCACAAUUACUUCUGUUUAUCGAACUGCUCAAAUAGUUGCCUCAUUGCCAAAUUUGCAUUAUCAAAACAAGACGUUCCCUGAAGCGUUAUUUCAUCAGCUGCUUCUGGCCAUGGUCCAUCCCGACCAUGAGACCAGAGUUGGAGCUCACCGCAUAUUUUCUGUUGUUCUAGUUCCUUCUUCUGUUUUCCCUCGGCCAGUUUCAACUGGUCUUGAUUUAAAGAGGCAAGCUGAAGUUGAAAGGACGCUCUCUAGAACAGUCUCUGUCUUUUCUUCCUCGGCUGCUAUUUUUGAGAGGCUAAGGAAGGAAAAAGCUUCAAGCAGAGAAAGCUCCUCUCAUGGAUUCAAAGUAGAUGUUGGCUCUGCAGGGAAAAUUCAGAAUGGCAUGCUUGACAGAUUGACGUCCUCUGCCAAUCAAGUGAAAAAUAUUGCAAGUGAUGCCCCUUCAUUGACUGAUGAAAAGUCCAUCCCCAAUUUAAAUAAGGAUGCUACUAUUUUGAGGCUCAGCAGUCACCAGAUUAGUCUCUUACUGUCAUCAAUUUGCGCUCAGUCGAUUUCUCCUGAAAAUAUGCCUGAAAACUUUGAAGCAAUCUCUAAUACGUUUAGUUUGGUGCUGCUAUUUUCCCGAGGCAAGAACUCAAGUCACGAGGUUUUGGUACGCAGUUUUCAGCUUGCUUUUUCCUUGAGAAAUAUUGCUGUCAAUGAAGGGCCUCUUCCCAUAUCACGUCGUAGGUCACUCUAUACCUUGGCAAUUGCAAUGAUUCUAUUUUCAUCGAAGGCCUAUGGCAUUGUUCCGCUUGUAUCGUCUGCCAAGUUGAUACUCGCAGAAAAAAUGGUGGACCCGUUCUUACAUCUAGUUGAGGAUCGCAAGCUACAGGCUGUAAGUGGUGAAACUGCUACCACCAAAAUUGGUUAUGGAUCUAAGGAAGACUGUAACUUGGCUUCAAAAGCAAUUUCAUCUGCAAGCAUCACCGGGGAACAAAGCAAGGAAUACUUUGCUGCUGAGAUUGCAAAGAGCUUAUCAAAUUUGUCAGAAUCCGAAUUGUCUUUUGUCAAGCAGCAACUCCUUGAAGAGUUCGCGAUAGAUGAUACUUGUCCACUUCCAGCUCCGUCAUCCAGAGAUAGUGCUCAACAAACUGAUCACCUUGAUGCCAAGGACGACGACCCUUUGGAGACUGAAGAAGAUUUUAUAGAAUCACAGGAAGGUGAGGCCAAUCUUAGGGAGCCGGCCUCGGAAAGCCAUGAUGUGCUGAGUGUGAACGAACUUCUAGAAUCUGCAACAGAGACAGCAAAUCAAGUGGGACGAAUGUCUGUAACUGCACCAGAUGUUCCUUACGAGCAAAUGGCCCUUCAUUGUGAGAAGCUCCUGUUGGGGAAGCAAAAGAAGAUGUCUCAUGUGAUGAGUCUCCACUUAAGGCUGCUUGACGAACACUCCGCCCCGGUCCCACAGAGACCACCAGUUGCCCCUCUUGCUUUGCAAUGUGCAACUGAGUAUCAAAAUCAGGGCAACAGUACUCUCCGCCUGCCUGCAUCUAGCCCUUACGAUAACUUCCUUAAAGCUGCUCGUUGUUGAGGAAUCCCCCGAACGCGCGCGAGCUCGAGUUAUCACAAGAUGAGUUUGCUUGCUUACUCUGAAAACAAUCUGUCUGUGUGUAUCUCAUCCAUUCUUUGAUUCAUUUGUUUCAACUGGCACCAAUUUUCCGGCGGCUGUUUGAUUCAUUAUGUUUGUUGUUUAUCAUGUACAAAAAGAAAAGAGCAGAAAUAUGUAAUGUGCAGAGGGCAAAUUCUCAUUAUUUCAUUAAAUCGAAAUACAGUCAUGGCGCGUAAACUGCAAUUCGACUAGUACACGACAGAGUCGCGCGCGACACUGCGUGAUAGUUAGUACGAUACGAUAUCACAAACACUGCCACAGGUUGCAAAUGCAACCUGGGCUAGUUGAUGACUAAUAGAUCAUGGAGGCGCAGCUAGAGGUUCCAGUCUUGAUAUAACACAUAGCCGUCGGACCCAAAGCUUCACCGGCUCCGCCUGCACUGCCUCCGCAACUACCCAACAGGACAUCGCCGGCGGCGGACAAGCACAACCGGCAUGCUGACGUGGGAUCCGCCAUACCCCAGUCACGUGUCGAGCAGCUACCGUACCCGAACACUCGCAGUCCGCUCGACGCCGACGUCAGCACGCUGCAGUACCGCUGUUGGGGAUUAUCCGGCACAUUUUCUGUCAAAUCUUUGACGAGAUUCGCCACCGUCGCAGCAUCGCUGCCGCCGCUCGUGGAGUCGCAAUAUGCGGCCUCAUCGUCGGCGGCAGCCCCAACAACCAGGAGAAGAAAGACGGAUGACGACACUACUACUGAUAACCUAAUGACAGCCAUGGCCAGGCAACGUUGAUAAAAAAAAAAUUAUGAUAUUUUUAGUGACGAAACUCUC